UGGCAACCGCGCCCUGCCCAGCUGUCAACUCACGCCUCUCGCCUCAUUUCCCCGCUAAUAUACGAUCCCGCCAUUGUCUACGAAGGUCAAGACAAGAACCCGGAGAUGUGUCGUGUGCUGCUGACCCACGAGGUGAUGUGCAGCCGUUGCUGUGACAAGAAGAGCUGCGGGAACAGGAACGAGACGCCCUCGGACCCCGUCAUCAUUGAUAGGUUCUUCCUCAAGUUCUUUCUGAAGUGCAACCAGAACUGUCUCAAGAACGCCGGCAACCCCAGGGACAUGAGGCGCUUCCAGGUGGUGAUCUCCCAGCAGGUUGACGUGGCCGGCCCGCUGCUGGCUGUGUCGGAUAAUAUGUUCGUCCACAACAACUCCAAGCACGGACGACGGGCAAAGCGACUCGAUCCCACUGAGGGGAUGUUUGGUCUGUACCCCCCGCUGCCGGCCACCCCGUGUAUUAAGGCCAUAUCCCCCUCGGAGGGUUGGACCACCGGGGGAGCAACGGUAAUCAUAAUUGGGGACAACUUCUUCGAUGGACUCCAGAUCGUCUUUGGCUCCAUGCUGGUGUGGAGUGAGCUGGUCACCUCGCACGCCAUCCGGGUCCAGACUCCCCCGCGGCACAUCCCCGGGGUGGUGGAGGUGACCCUGAGCUACAAGUCCAAGCAGUUUUGCAAAGGCGCCCCUGGAAGAUUCGUCUAUGUGUCCCUGACGGAACCCACCAUCGACUACGGGUUCCAGCGGCUGCAGAAGCUCAUCCCGCGGCACCCCGGAGACCCAGAGAAGCUACCCAAGGAGAUCAUACUGAAGCGCGCCGCCGACCUUGCCGAAGCCCUCUACUCCAUGCCGAGGAACAACCAGCUCGCCCUCCCCGCCCCGCGCUCUCCCGCCAUGAACCAGACCUCAGCAAUGACCGGGUUCAACACAUAUACUGGUCAGCUUGCCGUCAGCGUUCAGGACACGGCCAACACGCAAUGGGGUGAAGAGGAUUACGCGAGGGGCCAGGGGCACGGCGUGGGUCUCGGCUCGCCCCGGGGAGGCUUUGGGUCCAACGCCUCCACGCCCCACUCCUCCGCCGCCUCCUCCUCCUCCACUUCCUCCUACGGCGCCUCCCUCAACGCUGGCUACUCCUCGUCACCUUCAAACCUCGCGAACAUGACCGCCUCUCCCAGCAUCUUCAACAGCUCUGCGCGUGAGUACGGCAUGGGCGGUUUCAUGUCAUCUGCUUUCACCUCCAUGGGACACUUCGCCCUCCAGCCCUGCACCUCCCAGGCCUACGGCGGCGCGCUCGUCCACCACGCGGCCGCCAAGUGAUAGUGGGCACCCGGCUAUCCCUCCCUCACAGCCGGCAACCCCUCACCACCACCACCAGUAUCACCGCCACCACCUCCAGCCGUUCACAUAUCACAGCCUGGUUAUUUUGUCCCCUUAACGAGUGGUGUGACAGCCGUUUGACAUGUUCAUCACCGUUUUUCAUCACCAGUAUCAUCACCACCACCUCCAUGUUUGACCCUUUCAUCACCAGUAUCACCACCAUCUCCAUGUUUGACCCUUUCAUCACCACUUCUGUGAUCCUCUUCUUCCCCUCGUUUUGCCAGUCUCACCUCCGUUUUUCAUCACCAGUAUCACCACCACCACCUCCAUCUUUGACCCUUUCAUCACCACUUCUGUAAUCCUCUUCUUCCCUUCAUUUUGCCAGUCUCACACCGUUUUUCAUCACCAUUUUUCAUCACCACUACCUCACCACCUCCAUGUUCUCUUCAUCACCACCAGUUCUUGUAAUCCCCAUCCCUGUUAUCAUCACCACCACCAUGUUCUGUACCUUUCAUCACCACUUCUGUAAUCCCCCUUCUCAUCACCACCACCACCACCAUGUCUGACCCUUCAACACCAUCCUUACCCCCCCCCCCCCCUCCUCCUCCUCUUCUUCCAAACCACCACCACCAUCACCACCAAACCUCAGCUCCGUCACCCUGUCAUCACCACUUCAUCACCACUCAACACCACUUCAUCACCACUCAACACCAUUCGGAGGCGCCGUUUCAGGAGGUAUUGUAGAGAAAUCGAGUGCGUGCGUGCGUGCGUGCGUUCCGUGACCCCGGCCUCGUCCACGGUCCUUGUAAAUACCUGUAUAUAACCUGUUCACCUAAGACAGACAACCCCCGGGGGCUCCUGACUCCCCCCUGUGGUCGGCCCCCCUCCCCCCACCGUGGCCAUCACCGGGGGCAUUGAAUUCUUUGUUAGUUUUGUACGCCGUAUCUCGUGACCUCCAGUGCCCCGCGUGGUGGCUUCGUCGGGGCGGUAACGGGGCGCGGCGGGGCGGGGCGGAGCUGGGUGACCCAAGACCCGUAUUCUUAACGUCUUGGGGGCUAAUCUCCCCUGUGGUCGUAUUGUGAACCCCGGGAUGUGUAAGAAUGCCCCCCCCUCCCCCGCCCCCCAGAGCAGCCCCCGGCGUCAGGAAGGCUGGCAGCGAGCGGAGCGCUUCGUUGAGUUACGUGGUUAUGUCUUAGAAAAGAAUCAUUUGUUUUGUAGAUGUUGAUGCCGAUAACUCCUGAGAAGACCCCGCGCUCCAAGUUACUGUAGCGGGAGGGCAGACUCAACCCCGAAUUUCUAAACGUCUCGGGGCCUCAGAUCGCCUGUUGGAAAAGCCCACAGUAGAAGUUGCUCUGGGCUUUUCAUCGACUCGUUUUGUGACCCUGGUGAUAGCUUGACAUGAAAAAUUAGCCUAUAUUUAACCCCCAUUUUCCCACAUUAGAACUAGCUCUAACUCACUCUACCAUACACUAAAAUGUAGGCCAACAAUCCCUCUCUCUCAUCCACCCACCCCCCUCUCUCUACCCUCCCUCACAUUAGAGCUAUCUCACUUUUUCUCAGACAGUGUCACUCACCCACCAAUUUUAGACUUCGAAAAAAAUAGCCUAUCUUUAACCCUCAUUUUCUCACAUUAUUAACAUGACUUCUGCACCUUGAACGGGAAAAUCACCCACCCAUGAAGACCCGGCUAUCUCCUCCGUGGCCUUGGAAAACAGUCGUAAUUGAAGCCCGAGACGUUUAGGAAUGCGACCUCAGAGCAGUGUGAGCCACGGAGGUAGAAUUGGUGGAGUCUACAUCAGCCCAAUUAAGUGAAUCCGCCCGUGCUGUCAUUUUUACGGCCAGGUGUCAGGUAACGUGUUGUCAGGUCAGGCUCCCUUAAUGGGCUCGGCCAGGCUCGCGCACCCCCAUCUCUUGGCCGUACAUUUGACAGUUCGUCGGCUUCACCUCAAGGAAUGGGUUAGAGGGCCGUGUCGACUUCACCAAUCCUACCUCCAUGGUGUGAGAUUAUCAGCGGCGUCAGCACAUCGUUCAUUCUUACAUUUUCCUGCCGAGAUGUUUUAGCGUCAGCAGCGGCACAUCUCUCCUCGGCCAAGACAAUAACGAUUCCUCAUAAUAAGCUUUUCUAUGGUAACUUGUACAUAGCGAGACAGCCUCACCCUCUCCUCGGCGUUCAGACCCGGGGCGACACUCGACAACCCGCCAGUCAGCCACCACACAGCCGCGCUCAGCCACAGCCCAGCAACCACAGCCACGGAGAGUGUUUGGAGAGUUUUUGGGUUGAGUUUGGGGUGCUUUGAAGGGUCAGCGCGCCCCUGGAUGAGGUGGUGGUGUGCUGAGCGGGGCUGUGUUGGCGGGGGCUGGCGGCGGAGGCUGCGACCACCAUACGCCCCGGGCCACGUCACACACACACACACACACACACACACACACACACACACACACACACACACACACACACACACACACACACACACACACACACACACACACACACACACACACACACACACACACACACACACACACACACACACACACACAAACUUACGAUGACCAUGACAAAAUACAACUAGGCACACACACACACACACACACACACACACACACACACACACACACACACACACACACACACACACACAUACAUACAUACAUACACA